CCCAAACAAACGCAUACAAUUUUGCGCAGUAGGGAACAAAUUAUUCGCCAUGUAUCCGGCUGGAAGCCAUACGAGAGAUUAAACAGAGCGAUUGGAAGGCAUCUACAGGAAGCAGUCCUGUUUCUCACAGCUGCAUGUGUUACAGGAAAGACCGGUGUUGCAUAUUCAUUACUUUCCGGAUGUGGACCAUGCAAACCAUUCGGUUUGCCAAUUGAAAACGCUCAGUCCUGCGCUAUACCUUUGUGCCUGACACUUUGCAUUGUUGUGAAUUGCAAACAUUUUCCUGGUUAUUACCACAUAUAGAUAUAACUUAUUCACUUUCAUCGCAACAAACGUUGCAUUUGGACCUGAAUAUGCCGCCUUUAUCCCAUUUCCUCCAGAUACCGACCAAGUCAAUCAAUCAGGACACUUUAUGCCUCGUCGGAGUCGUAACAUUGCUUUCCGGUUUCCAGCUAGCAAGUUUUGCUAAAAGGGUCGGUCACUGCAGACGAAAAUAUAAAAUUACACCACCACGAAUUGACGGAGAGGAAGCUUUCCAAAGAUGCUUUCGAGCCCAGCAAAACUGUUUGGAGUUUUUCCCGAUUUUUAUGACUGUUUUGUGGCUGUCCGGCAUAUUUUUCCAUCAGUUGCCGGCCUCGCUGCUUGGCCUUUACUAUUUAUACGAAAGGGAAAAUUACUUCGUGGAUUACAGCAGAAAUAGCGAUGGAAGGAUCACACCGUUCCGGCGCAGUGCGCAGGCGUUAAGAGCUAUGGCACUUUUCUCUGCUCUUGGCCUUUUUAAUAUCCUGGUGCGCCACGUAUUUCAUUGGGAUUUACUGCAAACCCUGACGGACACCAUCAAUGUUCCACUGUGACACUUGACUUCCUGACCACAACGCAGUUGCGUAUUUUACAACGAAAUUCAACCGAUUGGCGGGAUAAAUUUUGUAUUGCACCUCUUAUGAGACCACAUUGGUUUGUGAUCAACAGGAAGGAAACAGAAUUAUAUACGUGUUUUCCUUGGCAUUUGUUAAACAAUUUUGUUUAUGUAUUUUAUAAUUUGACCUUUUGUUUCACAUAAUUUUAUUUUCUAACCAUAAGUAUCACUCUGAAAAUUUGAAAUCUGAGUUAAGCGGGUUUGUAAAUUGAAAUUUUGACUAUUGUUUUUAUUGUGCUCACUGGUCAACAGAACAAGUUAAAUAAAGAUUUUAUGCGUUA